AUGUUGGCAACAUUGGCUCGUGCACCUCGCUAACUGAUUGAGAACGUCUCCUCCCUCCAGCUGGCAGCCGCAAGAAAAUAAUCAGGCACCGAAAAUGGCUCGUGUUUUAGUCGGAGUUAAAAGAGUUAUCGAUUAUGCUGUCAAGAUUCGGGUCAAGCCUGACAAAUCAGGCGUUGUUACCGAGGGAGUUAAGCACUCCAUGAACCCCUUCGAUGAAAUCGCUGUCGAAGAGGCCGUUCGCAUGAAGGAGAAGAAACUGGCUACAGAAGUUAUUGCUGUGUCUUGCGGACCAACUCAGGCUCAGGAAACCUUGAGAACGGCACUUGCCAUGGGAGUCGACAAAGCGAUUCACGUUGAAGUGACAGGCAAGGAUUUGGACACUCUUCAGCCUAUUCACGUCUCUAAGAUUCUUGCCAAGCUUGCACAAGACGAAAAGGCUGACCUUGUUAUCGUUGGAAAGCAGGCCAUUGAUGAUGACUGCAACCAAACCGCUCAAAUGACCGCUGCUCUCCUGGAUUGGCCUCAGGGAACCUUCGCUUCCAAGAUCGAGAAGGGUGACGGAAUUUUGACUAUUGUUCGUGAAAUCGACGGCGGUUUGGAGACUGUGAAGGUUAAAACUCCUGCUGUUCUGAGUGCUGAUCUUCGUCUUAAUGAGCCUCGCUAUGCCACUCUUCCCAACAUCAUGAAAGCUAAAAAGAAACCGCUGAAGAAACUCACGCCCAAGGACCUGGGUGUGGAAAUCAAGGCGCACCAAGAGGUUGUCAGCGUUGAGGAUCCGCCCGUCCGUCAAGCAGGAUCAAUUGUGCCUGACGUCGACACCCUGGCUGCAAAGCUCAAGGAGGGUGGAUUUGCUUAAGAUUGAGCACCACUUCUGAUUAAGAUGUCUAGAUAUGCCUCAGAAGAAUUAUUUUUAUAAUUAAAAGAGAUGUUAAAAUAUUGUUAUUUCUCCCAGCUUUUAGACUUCUGUGCCAUCCCUUUGAAUAAAGCCUUUCUUUGUUUGAAAAAUA